UGGUGCGCCCAACCCGCGCGUGCGCAGGACGUAGUGGCGGCGGCGGCGGCGGCAGCGACUUGAAAAGGCGACGGCGGCGCGGUCUCCGUGCAGGUUUCUCCCCUGGAGUGACGCCCCCCAGCUUGCACCAUGGACUUCCAGCACCGCCCCGGGGGCAAGACGGGCAGUGGGGGGGUGGCCUCGGCCUCCGAGAGCAACCGGGACCGCCGGGAGCGGCUCCGGCAGCUGGCGCUGGAGACCAUCGACAUCAAUAAAGACCCCUAUUUCAUGAAGAACCACCUGGGCUCCUACGAGUGCAAACUCUGCCUGACUCUGCACAACAAUGAGGGCAGCUACCUCGCACACACCCAGGGGAAGAAGCAUCAGACCAACCUGGCCCGGCGAGCCGCCAAGGAGGCCAAGGAGGCCCCGGCCCAGCCGGCUCCCGAGAAGGUCAAGGUGGAGGUGAAAAAGUUUGUGAAGAUCGGCCGGCCCGGCUACAAAGUGACUAAACAGAGGGACACGGACAUGGGCCAGCAGAGUCUGCUCUUCCAGAUCGACUACCCCGAGAUCGCCGAGGCCAUCAUGCCCCGCCACCGCUUCAUGUCCGCCUAUGAGCAGCGCAUCGAGCCCCCCGACCGGCGCUGGCAGUACCUGCUCAUGGCAGCCGAGCCCUACGAGACCAUCGCCUUCAAGGUGCCCAGCCGCGAGAUCGAUAAAGCCGAAGGCAAGUUCUGGACCCACUGGAACCGCGAGACCAAACAGUUCUUUUUGCAGUUCCACUUUAAGAUGGAGAAGCCGCCGGCGCCCCCCAGCCUGCCCGCGGGGCCCCCCGGGGUGAAGCGGCCACCACCGCCCCUGAUGAACGGCCUCCCCCCGCGGCCCCCGUUGCCCGAGUCUCUGCCCCCGCCGCCCCCCGGGGGCCUGCCUCUGCCCCCCAUGCCGCCCAGCGGGCCCGCCCCCUCAGGGCCCCCGGGCCCACCCCAGCUGCCCCCCCCAGCGCCCGGGGUGCACCCUCCAGCUCCAGUGGUGCACCCCCCCACGUCUGGGGUGCACCCCCCAGCUCCUGGCGUCCAUCCGCCUGCUCCCGGGGUCCACCCUCCGGCCCCAGGGGUCCACCCCCCUCCCGCCGCGGGGGUUCACCCCCAGGCUCCUGGGGUCCACCCCCCUCCCGCCGCGGGGGUCCACCCUCAGGCUCCAGGGGUGCACCCGCCAGCUCCUGCAGUUCACCCCCAGGCCCCAGGGGUGCACCCGCCAGCUCCGGUCGUGCACCCGCCCGCCCCCGGCAUCCACCCCCAGCCUCCGGGGGUCCACCCCCCGCCCCCGGGCGUCCACCCCGCUGCUCCUGGGGUGCAUCCCCCAGCUCCUGGCGUCCACCCGCAGCCUCCUGGCGUUCACCCCCCAAACCCGGGGGUGCAUCCUGCGGCCCCCAUGCCUCCGAUGCUGAGACCCCCGCUGCCGGCCGAGGGCCCCGGGAACAUGCCCCCGCCGCCCCCAGCCAACUGAAGCCCCGCCCCUCCCUGCAGGCCGCGCCCCCCCUCCCGGUUUCCCACGCCUGCCUGGUGUUUUUGUACAGGUGGGUGGUGGCCGCCCCGAGUCCAAUAAACAGCCUCCCAACAUCUGC